AUGGCGGAACACAACAUUGUUGUUGCUGAGGCAAUCAAGGUUAUCAAGACGGUCGAGGAGCUGAGCCCGACUGCUGGCAAGUUCAAUCUGCAGGACCACCUGCUCGGAGGGUGCUCCAUCGACCAGACCGGCACCCCCCUCACAGACAAGGCCCUCGCCGCCGCCAAAGCCGCCGACGCCGUGCUCCUUGGCGCCAUCGGCGGCCCUGAAUGGGGCACCGGCGCCGUCCGCCCGGAGCAGGGCCUCCUAAAGCUACGCAGUGAGAUGUGCGCCUAUGGAAACCUCCGUCCCUGCUUCUUCGCGUCCGACGCCCUCGUCGAGUCCUCCCCCCUGAAGGCGUCCGUCUGCCGCGGCACCGACAUGAUGUUAGUCCGAGAGUUAACCUCAGGCCUGUAUUUCGGAGAGCGAAAAGAGUACGAUGGGCUUAAUGCGUUCGACACUACUGUUUACACGAAACCAGAAAUCGAGCGUAUCGCGCGGUUGAGCGGCUACCUGGCCAGGACUAGGGGAGACUCGCGGGUUAUCUCGCUAGACAAGGCAAACGUGCUGGCGACAAGCAGACUCUGGCGUAGUGUCGUUGAGGAGGUCUUCAAAAACGAGUUCCCUGAUCUGAAGGUUGAGCAUCAGCUUAUUGACAGCGCGGCCAUGAUUAUGGUCAAGAACCCGACGCAGCUGAAUGGCGUAAUAAUAGCGCCAAACUUGGCAGGGGAUAUUCUCAGCGACGAGGCGAGUGCCAUAGCUGGAAGCAUAGGGCUCCUCCCGAGCGCGAGUCUCUGCGGGAUUCCGAGCUCUGCAGUGCCUUCUAUAUGUGAACCGAUUCAUGGUAGCGCGCCGGACAUAUCAGGGAAAGGGAUUGUCGUGCGUCAAGACCCCAAUCCCAUUGGCACCAUCCUUUCCGUGGCCAUGAUGUUCCGGUACUCUCUGAAUCUCGCCCACGAGGCUAAAAUCGUCGAGGACGCGGUCCGCGCCGCCAUCGACGCCGGGCUGAGAACCAAGGACAUGGGCGGCAGCACGGGCACCGCAGAAGCAGGAGAUGCCAUCGUUGCUGAGCUGGUCAAGAUUCUCAAGGCGUGA